AGGAAAGGGCCAUACGGAAAUCGAUGAUGAUGAUGAUGGGGGUUUUUAACGACCUUGACUGGACUGUUAAAUCCAAAGUACACGUCGCAAUUACCCAAUUUGCAUACUAUUUUUUAGAACUUCGUUAUUCUAUUAUAUAGGACAAUGGCGCAGAAAGACCAAGGACCACCUCCUACAGGUAAAACAUCCAAACCAGGAAUUUUUGGAUCAAUCAUGAAAGAAGUGAAGAGUGCAGGCAAAGAGGUAGAAAAAGGUCUGAAUUGGGCAGGUAACCAGAUUGAGCAUGCUGUCAAACAGUGUGAGACUGGAAAUAUUCUGCAAACAUUCCAGACAAACAAUGUUGUACAGCUAGUAUCACGAGCCAGUGGACAUUCACUACAGAUUGUGAUGUCUACAUCAAAACAGUCAGUCAUUGAUGGAUGUGGUGCCGAGGGACCUCAGGCUUCUAACACUUUAUGGACUGUUAUAAAUGAGGGCAAGAACCAAGUUCGUCUCCAUAACAACAAUAACUACAUUGCUAUUGUCAAUGGUAUAACACAGCUAGUUCACAUGCCACCAGGUACAAUGCAUGGAGAAGAAACCAAAAUCCAGUUACAUCAGACUGAUCAGUUUGUUACCAUGGAAUCAUGUAAAACUGUGGCACAGUAUGUUGGUGUGUUAGAAGAUGGACAACUGAAGUCUGCUUUAGCAACACAUAGAAAUGACACUCAUGCUAUGUUUGGUGUUAGACUGAUAUCUACACCAUAUGAUGGAGCACCUGGUAAACAAUAAAGAUCCAGUAAUGACAUCUGAUAUAUACAAAUUACAUGUUCUUGUUUUCAAGUACAUACACUUUGAUGUCAGAUGUUCAUCUUGUUAUAUUUAUUGACAUUACUCAAUAUUGAGGGCAUUAAACAAGUUAUACCUCAGUGUGUGCCCAGUUAGUGCCAUAGUUUAUAUGAGACUUUUCUUGUAUAGAUUGAUAUUUACAAGACUUUCUAGUUAUUUAUGUAGACACAAAUAAACCGCAUUAUAUUAUUAUAUUAUGUUUCACUUUCCUAGAAAUACUAACUAAUUAUCAUUUUGGAGUAGGUUUUUAUAAACUUAAUAAUGUUUAUGUAUUGUAGAUUAGUUGACCUCUUAUAAAGUACUUUAUUUUUUAAUAUGCAUUAUAUGACAACUGACAGAAGUAUGAGAUUAAAUUGUGUGUCUUCAUUAAAGGGUACACAAUGUACAAAAUAUAUAUCAAAUCUUGUAUAAUAUUUUCUCUAAUUCAAUGUAAUUCUUUGGCAAUUUAACCCUUUCCAGACAAAUUAUAUAAAAAAAAAUCUAUGUGUGGUUGCUGAUGAUCUCAGAAGAUAAUUGGAUGAGUGUAUGGGUCAUAACCUUUAUAAGCUCACUGGAUGAAUCAAAUUGAGCUAACUGGUAUGAAAUUGACAACUUUGUAGAAUUUGGAAGGCACUCAAAGGGGAUUUUCGUUUAUCAAAAAUAAAAAUAUAUUUAAUAAUCAUUAGAGAAACAGAUUCUCACAUAGUAACUCGUGGAUAAUCAGAUUUAUCCAAUCUUGAUACUUAAAUUAUCAAUUUUAAAGUCCUUGCCGAGGCUCAGACUUUAAAAUUCGAUUAUAUUACUAUCCUAGAUUGGAUAAUUCUAACAACCCAUUGGUACCAAUGUAAGAAUCUAUAUAUAAAGACAAUAAACUUUGCAAUGUUUCCAUAGGAUAAUUUACUCCAUAAGUAAUGAAGGUCAAUUAUUUUUAUAAAAGACCCAUUAAAUCAAUUAUUUUGAUCAGAUUUUAUUGAUUAUUGGUAAGAUUUUUUGUUAAACAUGUGUGAUAAUAUAGUAUAAUUCUAAGUUACUUUUAUUGACUAAGCAUUCUAAUUAGCUCCCCCUGAAUUUAGCAUAUUUGUGCAAUAUUUUCUUGUCUUUUAUUCAUGAAUAAGCCCACAACUGUUGCAUGUAACUAAAUUUUGAUAUACAUCUUUGAUAAGGUAAACUUAUUUGUCUCCUGGGAUGGAAUUUGUUAAAGCAGGACAUACAAUCCUGCAGUCUCUUUUUUUUCAGAUUUCUGUAGUUUACUGUUAAAAGGACUUAAUUUUUACAGUUAACUUUUAAAAGCAGUGUUUGGUAAGCAUUUUUUGGAGUUUUUACACUUUUACAAUAGCAAUCUUGAGAAAGUCAUAUUAUUUGAAAUUUUAAACUUGUAUAUCUGAACAUUUUAUUUUCAAACAAUAUACAAUUGAAUAAUGACAUGUUUUUAAAUUAUUUUAUAUUUCAGCUUAAUUUAUGUAUUGUUUAAUUGUUAUCAUGGUGUUAGUUUGUUAUAUUGAGUUGUAGUCUUUGUACUCUUCUCAUCUAUUAAAAAGCUUUUAUCAUUGUGA